AUGGAGGAGUCUGGCCGCAUUCACGUCACUCUGACCGCUGGAGAGUACAAGCUAUUCAAGGAGGCCAAAAGGUUGGCAGCCUCGGAGAGACAGGCAACUGUUUCACGACCGCGACAAGCCCCUGUUGAAGCUUCUAAGGAGCCCCUCUCUGUUUCAGAUCGGGGUUCCAAAAGAAAGCAGCCUGAGGUAUUUCCUCAACAUCCUUAUCAUGAGCCUGGCAUAGGAUAUUAUCAGCCAGAGCCACAAGCACAAAGCCUUAAGAAGGAGCAACCUCAAGCAUCUGUGGCUGAGAGUUCACAGCCGCGGGAUUCGAAGAAGGGAAAGGCCCUUGUCAUACCUGAAGUGUUCCCCGAUGAUCCAGACGAGAAAGUACCUUUCUCGGCCAGGAUUCUAAAUGAAAGAUUGCCUAAAGGUUAUAGAUCCCCGUCGAUCGGAGAAUAUGACGGGAGCAAGGAUCCGGAAGAGCACUUGCAAAAAUUCAAAAACGCAGCCCUGCUGCACCAAUAUAGCGAUGCUGUCAAAUGCAAAGUUUUCCUGAAUACUUUAUCUGGUUCAGCCUUAAAAUGGUUCGAUGGGUUGCCUCAAGGGUCCAUCACCUAUUUUCUGGACUUCAAAACGGAUUUUCUGCGCCGAUUUGCUAGCAGUAAGAAAUAUCAGAAGACAGAUCAUUACCUUUUCGCUCUAAAACAGGGGCCAACUGAGCCCCUGAGAAGUUAUAUCAACUGCUUUAAUCAAGUGGCUCAAGAUGUCCCUACUACCACUUCAGAGAUUCUGAUGAGUGCUUUCUCUCAUGGAUUGGGAGAGGGAGAGUUCUUCAGAAAUCUCAUCAAAAAUCCUGCUCAGAAUUUUGAUGAGAUGGUGGAAAAAGCUGCUUCCUACAUUAAGGUGGAGGAAGCACAAGCAGCUCGAAGGAAGGCCGAAAGACCACUUCCUUCCACCAACAAGCAAGAAAGAAGAGCACCUCAACCAUCCCCUCAACCUCUACCGCGAGUCCGGGAAGCCAGACCUGCCUUUCAUCCCGGGCCAGAAAUUCGACCUGCCCCUCGAGUGGCUGCUGUACAUAUCCCUCGACCAAGGCUAGGGAAUAAUCGGUACUGUACCUAUCAUAGAUCCCGUAAACAUGAUACUAACCGUUGUUUUCAGUUUGCUCGAGACUCUAAACGAGCCGCCGAGAUGGGUUUGCCCCCGCCUGAGCUAGCUCCUCAGUUGAUCAAGAUGAUGGAAGAACAAAGGGUGGCAGGACAGGUCGAACCAUCUCGUCCUGACCUUGCAGGACCCAGCACUCAUCAGCCUGGCCAGGGAAAAGAGCCAGAAGGAUCACGGGAGGUCGAAAACAGAGGUAACGCAGCUGUUAGAGAGAUCGGCAUGAUCUCUGGAGGGUCGACUAACGGAGAUUCAGGGAGAGCACGUAAGUCUCAUGUUCAGCGAUUGGAGGUUCAUGCCGUCGAAUGCAGUCAGGAGCAAGCUGCUGGCCCUGUUCUUAGCUUCGGGUCAGCAGACCUGGAGGGUCUGGAGUUGCCUCAUGACGAUGCGCUCAUCAUCAAAGCCAUCAUUGCCAAUAGCCGAGUGGUUCAGGUUUUUGUCGAUACCGGGAGCUCGGUCAACAUUUUAUUCAGGACUGCAUUUGAAGAAAUGCAGAUUGAUGCCGCUGAACUUCAGCCAAUGGUUACAUCUUUAUAUAGAUUUACCGGUAAUGAAGUGAAGCCUAUGGGCCAGAUUAAGCUGACUAUAUCUUUGGGCACCGAACCACUGAUUUCGGAUUUAUGCUGUAAAAAUCUGUUUAGCACAGCAUUCACCUCCUUUGAUUCCUGCCGUGAUGUUCUUGUGGGAAGAUGA